AACACAUUGUCAAUUACGCAAGUUCGCAUAAUUUGUAAAUAUUAAACAUGCUGUUCCUGCGGAAUCCAACCAAGAUAAUCACCCGGGCGGCGAGACUGCGACAACAUAGGCUGACCACUGCUCUGGUAGAGGGAAAACGCAACUAUGGACAGGCCAUGUUUCCAGGCGCCAGAGCAGCACCUUUCGUGAAUCAAUUAAAGUUGACGAUGCCGCAGGAUUAUGCGCCCAUUCCAAUUUAUCGUGUGUUGAAUCGCGAGGGGGAAAUAGCCGAUCCCACUCAGGAUCCACGACUUGGACAGGAGGUGGUGGAGAAAAUGUUUCGCGACAUGGUUCUCCUAAACACAAUGGAUAAAAUUCUGUAUGAAUCGCAGCGGCAGGGACGCAUCUCCUUUUACAUGACCAACUUUGGUGAGGAGGCUUCACAUAUUGGAAGCGCCGCUGCGCUGGAAUUGCGUGACAUUAUCUAUGGGCAGUAUCGUGAGGCAGGCGUUUUGGUCUGGCGUGGAUUUAAAAUAGAUCAGUUUAUUGAUCAGUGCUAUGGUAAUGAUGAGGACGUUGGACGUGGCAAGCAAAUGCCCGUGCAUUAUGGUUCAAAGGAGCUCAACUUUGUCACCAUCUCCAGUCCGUUAACCACACAAAUGCCUCAGGCAGUUGGAACUGCAUAUGCCUUGAAAUGCCGACCAAAAAAUGAUGCUUGUGUGGUUUGCUAUUUUGGUGAGGGCGCUGCAUCCGAGGGUGAUGCGCAUGCCGCCUUCAAUUUUGCGUCGACCUUAGACUGUCCUGUGAUUCUCUUCUGUAGAAAUAAUGGCUUUGCUAUAUCCACUCCCUCCCACGAGCAAUACAAUGGCGAUGGCAUCGCAGCACGUGGUCCAGCCUAUGGAAUUGCCACCAUUCGAUGCGAUGGCACCGAUGUAUUUGCUGUCUAUAACGCCAUGAAAGUGGCGCGUGAGUUUGUCCUGCGCGAGAAUAAGCCGAUUGUGCUUGAAGCUAUGGCAUAUCGUGUGGGCCAUCACUCCACAUCGGACGACAGUACCGCCUAUCGCCCGGCAGAUGAAAUUGAAGUAUGGAACUCGGUGGAGCACCCCAUAUCCAAGCUGAAGCGAUAUAUGGUGCACAAGGGCUGGUUCAAUGAGGCCAAAGAAAAUGAAUACGUCAAGGAUGUGCGCAAGCAGGUUCUGAAACAAAUCGCCGUAUCUGAAAAGAAACUUAAGCCCAAUUGGCGUGAAAUGUUCGAAGGGGUUUACGCUGAAAUGCCGACGCAUUUGCAGGAUCAGAUGAACGAGUUGGAGCAACAUGUGGAGGCCCAUAAGGAUAAUUAUCCGCUAAAGAACUUUAAACAUUAGAAACUAACAAGAGGUUCAAAUCUGGAGACAACAACUGAAAGACUCUAUCAAAAGUGCAUUUAUUAAGCUUAAGCUGUUAAUAUUCUAUGUAUUUGUCCAUGGGUUUAACCCAACGGGGUUUGUUAUAAAUAAUAUUGAUGAAGA